AUGAUAUCGACAGUUCAAGGCCUAAGACCAAUUCCACCAGCCGUGACGGAGGUUGGAGAUCCGAAUGGCCAUCAUGAGAUCCCUGAGCCCAACUUCAGUUCUACACGGCCAUGCAGAGGAUGUUCGCCAGUAUAUGAGAUACCUGCAACAGGGUGGCUUGAUACCCCAGUCGGAGAACAACAUGGCUCUACUGUCCAAGAAGCGACCGCGCAAGCAACCACGGAAAGACCUCCGCAGGUAACGAUAUCGGCUGGUGCGUCCGACAUUGUCGUCGAUCAAGACCCAAGCGGUGGUUUUGUAGUAGGGGGUUCUCUUACUCUGACGCCUGGCGACACCGUUACCAUUGGAGACACACCUGUGGCGAUCGAGACCUCAGAUGGCAAGACUAAGAUCGUUGUUGGUACUACCAUCAUCUCGUUGCUGCCUUUCCAGUCCGCAACUACAGAUGUGCCCGUCUCGCAACCACCGAUACCACUUCCACCAAUACUCACUAUUGGUACCCAAACCAUCGCACCAAAUUCGCAGACACAGUACGUGAUCGCAGGUCAAACUCUUCUUCCUGGAGGCGAACCACUUACGAUAUCUGGCACAACACUUGCCCUCGCAUCUUCCGCGACAGCGCUCAUCGUCAACGGAAGAACGACCAGUAUCACGCCGAUCUUUGGCAACGUAUAUACCACAGUCGCAGCUGCUUUAACUUACGGAAAUCAUGUCUACACGCCAAAUCGCGCUGGCUACAUUGUGAUGGGUCCUGGUACAACUCUUGUUCCAGGCGGCGCCCCCGUCACUGUAAACGGCACGACGCUGAGCCUAGAUCAUAGCGGAACUGCUGUAGUCGUACAAGGAGCUACAAGAACCCUUCAACCCAUUACUACAAUCGCCACAUUGACGAGGGAGCCAGAUCCGUUGGGAACAGGGUGCGGUGUAAGUGGAGGAAGCUAUCACGGGCAGUCGAACGGCUAUUUGUACCCCACAGGAGGCCCGGUUAUCGCUGGUACGGUACGAGCUCAUAGUACGAUCGCGGGUAGCUGGCCGGCAGGCUUGCUGUUGCUGAUCUGGUGGGGUGUGGGGAUUCUCGCAAUCCGACUGUGA